CCCUGCCAUAUAUUCCAGAGGCAGCCGUGCAAGGAGCCAGAGACAGUGUGUUCAUCUCAUCUGACAGAAGUGGCACCUGUAGACAGCCUCCUUUGGAAAGAGAGUCUCCUGUUUGGCUUUUCAAAGGCACUCUUCGCACUCUGCUAGCAGAGAAAGAAGGAUUGAGAGAGAGAGAGAGACCAUGUUGCAUGCUCAUCUGGAACAGAGCAGUACCAAGCCCCUUCCUGUGGUGAUCAUAGGAAACGGCCCCUCAGGGAUCUGCUUAUCGUACCUACUGUCUGGCAAUAUUCCCUACGUCACAAGGAAUGCCAUCCACCCUAAUCCUAUUUUGCAAAGGAAACUGGAAGAAACACCCAAGCUUUCCAUCUUAGACCAGGACAUUGAAUACCUAUCUGAAGGUUUGGAAGGGCGAUCUUCCAGCCCGGUUGCUCUCCUUUUUGAUGCUCUGUUGCGUCCGGAUACGGAUUUUGGGGGGACAGCGGAUUCGGUCCUUGCUUGGUGGCACCAGCCUGAGAGAGCUGUCCCUCAUUUGGUUCUUGGCAAAAAUCUUCCUGGAGGAGCCUGGCAUUCUAUUGAAGGAUCCAUGUUCACACUGAGUCAGGGAGACUGGAUGGGACUUCCUGACCUUCCAUUCAAGGACUGGCUGAGCAAGAAGAAAAGGGGCUUCAGAAACAAUCGGGCAACUGCUGGAGACAUAGCUCAGUAUUACCAAUACUAUGUGGCAAAAAAAGGACUCAAGAAGAACUUCCUCUGUGGCUCUUUUGUGACGUCGGUGAAGAAAUUAAGCAUGGAUUCUGAUUCCUGCUACACCGGUCCAGAUUCAAGGGACCGCAGCUGCAUGUGGAAUUUCUCAGAGCAACAGCAAGCUGACCCCCAAACUGACCACGGAAGUCUCUUCCAAGUGGAUGGAUUAAUCACAACCUUAAAUGGCACACAGCCCUUUUCUCUGUAUGCUGAAAAUGUGGUUUUAGCCACUGGGACGUAUGACAGUCCAUCCCAGCUUAGGGUGAAAGGGGAGCACCUUCCUUUUGUCCACCAUUCGCUCUCCGCUCUUGAAGAAGCAGUGAAGAACAAGGAAAUUGGCCCAAUGUCUGACCCAAUCCUGAUUGUCGGCGCUGGGCUCACAGCAGCAGACGCAGUCCUCUUUGCGCACCAUUGCAACAUCCCCGUGAUUCAUGCCUUUCGACGGAGGGUGAACGAUCCAGCCCUCAUCUUCAACCAGCUUCCUAAGACAAUGUACCCCGAGUAUCACAAAGUCCACCAGAUGAUGAAAGAGCAGGCUGUCCUUUGUCCAGGGCCGUAUGAGUGUUACAUCAGUCUUCCGGAGCAUCACAUCGUCUCCUUCACAGAGGACCGGAAGUGCAUCUUUCGUGACAAAAGCCACCGCCAAAAAGUACACAACAUCUCCAUGGCUUUUGUCCUCAUAGGCUCCACCCCCAACUUGUCCUACCUACCCAACAAUGGGGUGGACUUGGCUGUAGAUUGCGAGCAGCCAGUCAGCUCCAAGAGGAACCCCAUUGAUAUUGAGCCCUUCACUUAUGAAUCCGUCCAUGAGAAGGGACUCUAUGCCAUGGGACCAUUAGCCGGGGACAACUUUGUACGGUUUGUCCAAGGUGGGGCUUUGGCCAUUGCCAGCUCUCUGCUGAAGAAGGUCAACAAAAACCCUCCAUAGCACUUGGCAAUUAUUUCCUCUUCUCUGGAGGAAUCAUAAAAUCCUAGAGUUGGAAGAGACCACAAGGGCCAUCCAACCCAAUCCCAUUCUGCCAUGCAGGAAGACACAAUUGAAGCAUUUUUGAAUGAUGGCUAUCUAGCCUCUGUUUAAA